UAGUCCUUUUCCAACCUCAGCCACUGCUAGUACUCGCCCUCCUCCUGCCACCCAGCAUCCAGCUGAUUCUUAAAUCAAUAGCAGUGAAGUGGAUGUGAACAUCAGGAGACUACUCAUUAUUUGCCACUAUAUGAAUGUGUGCUUUCUCAUUCCUCCCAUACCUUUCCAUAUUCUCUCUCUCUCUCUCUCUCUCUCUCUCUCUCUCUCUCUCUCUCCCCCCCCCUUCUUUUCUCCCUCCCUUCUUAGGAACUGGUUCAACCAGAGUACAACCCACUCAUCUGCAGCUGGCCCUGGAGAACCUGAGGAGCUAUAAGAGCAGCAGCUGGGCUCCAGGAGCUGCAGCGGCGUGGCGAGCAUCCGUUCAGGAGUCCAUGCGAGGCCGGCGCCAGCCAGGAUUCGCCUAUGAGGCCUCCGCCGCCGCCCGGAGGAAGGAAGAUCUGCGGCAUUUCCCUGGGGCUCCUCACCUUGUGCCUGGCUGCAGCCCUGAGUCCGCAGAGUCAUGGUGUAUCACUGUACAUUCCUCAGUCCACCAUCAAUGCCACUGUACAAGAAGACAUCCUGCUAUCAGUUGACUACUCCUGCCAUGGGGUGCCCACCAUUGAGUGGAAGUAUAUAUCCAACUGGGGCAAGAGGAAGAUUGUGGAAUGGAAACCAGGGACUCAGGUUAACAUCUCUGAAAGCCACAAGGACAGAGUCUGCACCUUUGACAAUGGCUCCAUCCAACUCUUCAGUGUGGGUGUGAGGGAUUCUGGUUACUAUGUCAUCACUGUGACAGAGCACUUGGGGAGCAGCCAGUCUGGCUCCAUUGUGCUGCAUGUGUCUGAGAUCCGCUAUGAAGACCUCCACUUUGUUGCUGUCUUUAUUGCUUUACUUGCUGCUCUGGCCGCAGUAUUAAUCAGCCUCAUGUGGGUUUGUAAUCGGUGUGCAUAUAAAUUCCAGAGGAAGAGAAGACACAAACUCAAAGAAAGCACAACUGAGGAGAUUGAGCUGCAAAAUGUUGAGUGUUAGCCAAGGCUGGGCCCAAUUACAUUCCUACCUCAAGAGGAAAACAUUUUCCAGCCAAAGGAAUAAACACAGUCAAUUUACUCUACAGCUUCCGUGGGUCCUGCCAGUCAACCCAUCCCUGAUGGGACAGCAUGAGGGUAACAAAGUUGACUGCAUGAAGUUGGAGACCAUGGUUUGGACAAGAUCAAUUUUAGGGAUUGCACUGAAUCCAAGGAGAAGAGAGAUUGAAACUUUCAACCAGGAGCCCUGCUUGGCUGCAGCUUCAGGACAUGCUAGCCUGUAACCAAUGGCAUAGAGCAAGCACUAGCUGUUGCUCAUGACACUGGCUCUGGCCCCAGGCAUGGCCUAUUGGAGGAGUCCUUAUGUCGGGAACUUGUGAUGUGUAGCCAGCCCUGGAACACACUCUGUGCCUUUGUGCUAUCUGCUCUGCACACUACUGUGCCCUCCAAACCCCUUUCUCAAAUCCCACCACCACUGCUGUGGGAGCUCCUGAGAAAACCUGAGGCAUUUAAACCAUCUGCUCCAUUAGAAGCAGAGGUAGAAAGAGCCUUAGGGGUGGGAGGAUGCUAUUGUGCUGUGGUGAUUUGCUUAGAGGUGAAGCCCAGUAGCUUGGAGCUUUAGGGAGAGGAGCUCAGUGUACUGAGAGGCCAUCUUAGAAUGCAGGGAAUAAGGACAAUAUGCUUUCUCUUCCUCUCUUGUUGUGAAAUUCAUUGCAUUUUUCCUCUUAUGGCCCAAAUUUAGGCCAGUGUGAAAAAAAAUGAGGCUCAUCUUCCCUAUGGGCAGCCUCUGGCCUCCUCGAAAGCUGUGGAAUGAUGCCUGUGUGGAAGCUGAGCCUGCAGAGUGGGUGAUACAACUGGAACAUCAGUGAUCUUGGGCUUCAGAUCUGUCUCUGUCACCAACACUUCAUGACCUUGGGCUUCAGAUCUGUCUCUGUCACCAACACUUCAUGACCUUGGGCUUCAGAUCUGUCUCUGUCACCAACACUUCAUGACCCCAGUCAAGCCCUUCCUCUCUCCUACUUGGGUUGAGGAACACUUGGCCAUCACCUACCUCACAGUAAGAGUAUCUCAGGAAGCAUGCUUGGAGCACUGGGAGCAAUUUAAGAAAAGUACGUGAACACUUCAUGGAUCUGGAAAGCUAUAUUGGAAAAUGCUACACCAAAUAUUAGAAAUUAAAAUGACCUGAGUUAUUGUGGCUCCAGCUAAGUGUAGAGAUUACAUUCCAGCUGGUCUUUGUUGGUCACAAGGUUUACCCGAAAGUUUUCCAUCCCAAUUUCAAUUUGGCAAGCUCUAAAAGCAGGCAUGAAUUUAUUCUUUGCUCUCUUUUUUUUCUCUCUCCAAUAUUCAUAGCUACAACUAAAGUUAGAACCCUGAUUAUUAUGGAGGUUGAGGUCACUACCUGUGUUCCCAGGCCUCAAUUGAAAAUUCACAUGAGCAAACGUGAAGAAGUGCUAGAAUAUUCCUUUCUUUCUCUUUCCUUUCAGGUUACCAAUGCCCUUAUCUUUGCCAUUUCCCAUGUGGAAGGUAAAGAGUAGUCUGGAGAAGUUUGUUAGAGGCCUUUUCCUAAAUAACAAAGCCAGAGAUCACCUGGAGUGAUCAGGCAAGGAGCUCCUGGUAUGGAGGAAGGCUCCAAAGGUACUACCAUAAUUGAUUCAAAAGGCAAAAGAACAAAAUCUAUACUAGUGACGUGUAUCUCUGGUACCUGACACAAAGUAGAUACUCUCAAGCCAUGUCCUGUGUACACACAUGCAAAAUCACAUGCCCAUGCUCCCUCCACAGGCAGCAGCCAGAGAAGCCAGGCCCUGUGCCAAGACAGUUUCUAGUGUGCUUUGAAGCAUCAGGGUGGAGUAUUUGAGAAAAGUGAGAUCAAGGAUGAUUUGGUUAUGCUUUUCUCUUUCUCACAGAAAGCCCAGAAGCAUUAGAUGGGUUUGGAGCUGGGUAGCUGCUGGAGCGCAUGCCUCCUCACCAGAACUCUAACCCCUCAGCUUGUUAGCAGCCAGGACUAGCAAGCUUCAUCAUAAAAGAAAUGGAGAAGGACGUGCAGAGGAGGCCUCCACGGGCAAACUCAGAUGCAAAUUAAAUUGCUCCCAAAGAACCUCAGUUUCCAUUUCCUUGAAAAGAGGAUUUAUUUAUGCAUUUUAAAAACUUCUUAACUUUUAAA